AUGACGCAAUCAUCAAAGCCGCCUCUUGCUAACUGCAACCCGUCUGUUCCUGCGUGGGAGAAGGAUUUCUGUGCUGUGGUUGGUUCAGUUCCAUGGUGGAAAGUUGUAGAGGCGAAGCGGUUUAUGUAUCUAUACGAUAGAGUGGUUCAAUGGGACGAUUCAGCGGGCAAAGACGCUUUCAAGAAAGCUAAAUCUCGGUUUUGGGCGGAGAUGAAUGGGUUUCCGUGCGACUUAUCUUUGCCUGAUCCUGAUGUCUACAUUGAUGAUGUUGAUUGGGAUGCUCAAGUUGACACCGAGCUGAUUCUUGACCUUCAACGUGGUCCAGACCCGAUAACAGAAGAAGAAAAAGAGCAUGUUGUGAUUCUUGAUGCUUUGGUUUUAUCUGGACAGUACAGCGGGUUAGGUUGGGGAACGGGAUGGGGAGACGCUGAAGGGGUUAAUGAGGAGAUUGUCGGAAUGGGUAAACCGGAAAACUCGUGGGAAGAUCAGAAAUGUGAUGGAUGGAACGAAGAGAUUGUCAGAACGGGUAAACCGGAAAACUCAUGGGAAGAUCAGAAAUGCGACGGAUGGAAUGAGGAGAUUGUCAGAAUGAGUAAACCGGAAAACUCUUGGGAAGAUCAGAAAUGUGAUGGAUGGAAUGAGGAUUCAUGGGGAAGAAAGGAGAAAACCGGAACUUGGGAUCAUAAGAAGAACAACAACAGCUUCAAAACCGAAUCAUGGGACCAUAAGAACAACAAGAGUACCAACCACAAGAAGACUGAGGAUUGGACCUGUAAGGAUCAGGGAAGAGAGUGGAGAAAGAGAGGAGAAGUACCGCGUAAUGGAGAUCGAGUGGAGGAUUGUCGAUGGAGGAACGGGAGAGGGAGAAGCAGAGGCGGGUUUCAGCAACAUUCGAAUGGUUGGGGUUGGACUGAAUCAUUCUGA